GCAGCAACUCCAGUGGAAAAAACAGCAGGCAUCAUGAAGCACUUCCUGAGGGUGUUGACCCAGUUCUUCGUGUUCCUCUACUGCAAAUGUUUAUGGAGAGGCCUCAAGUUCGUGGCGCGCAAGCUCACGGGACGCUGCGAGCUACAGCGGAUCUGCUACAACAACAAACACGGCGCCCGCAGGACCCUCAAGAUCGAAUCAUCUCUGAAGUACUCCAAAAAUGAGCUUCUGCAGUCCGCUCUCAGCAUCCAUCCCGACAAAGUGGAGAAAACAAUUGACGACAUCAUGGCUCUGAAGAAGAUCAACCCUGACACCAACCCUCAGCUAGGCAUCUCCCUCCAGUCCAGCUUGCUGCAGAUUGUGGGCUACCGGAACUUAUUGGCAGAAGUGGAGAAGCUUCGGCGGGAGCCUUACGAUUCCGAGAACGCCCAACACGAAGAUAUGCUGAUGAAGUUGUGGAAGGAGCUACGUCCCGACACCCCUCUGACUGGACGGAUUUCCAAGCAGUGGUGUGAGAUUGGAUUCCAAGGCAGCGAUCCCAAGACGGACUUCCGAGGCAUGGGCUUGCUGGGCCUCCACGUUCUGCUGUACUUUGCAGAACAUGACAAGGCCGCAGCUCUCCAGAUGCUCCAUGAUUCCCUGUUGCCCAAACACAAGAGUGCACACGGGAGUCAAAGUGAUGCAAACUCAUCUGAAAGGGAGCAGAAUAACAUUGACAAAGCCAUUGGCUAUUCUUUCGCCAUUGUUGGCAUCAACAUCACAGACUUGGCCUACACGUUGCUGGUGAGCGGUGCCCUAAAGACCCACCUGUAUAACGUGGCCCCUGAAAUGCCCUCCUUGCUGCACCUCCAGCAGACUUUCUGCUACCUGAUGCAGGAAUUCCACCGCUUCUGGAUCGAGGAGGACCCAAGCGACAUCAUGGAGUUCAACCGCGUGCGCGGCAAAUUCCACCGGCGGAUUCUGCGGCAGCUGCGGGACCCCGACGCCACACUAUGCCCCCGCUUCUCGGCCUCCGACCUCCACCUGGUCAACCUUUAA